UCUGCCAUCUGUAAGUCUGCGAUGAACUGCACUCCCAAUGCCACCUUCACUUCAAAGCUGGGACUCGGCCUGAGCCCAGCGGCUGAGGAUGGAGCUCCUCAGGGCGGUGGCAGCGCUAGCGGAGGCCUGUGGAUGACCUCCAUGCUCGGCGCCAUGCUGAUGCUGAUGUUUGCCAUAGGAGGAGCAGGCAACACGUACACGCUCAUCAUUACUCGCUCCGCCGCUUUGUGCCGAACCGGAUCUAUGUACAUCUACAUUGUCAACUUGGCCCUGGCUGACCUGCUCUACCUGUCCACCAUCCCCUUCGUCGUCUGCACCUACUUUGCCCAUGACUGGCUGUUUGGGGACGCCGGCUGUCGCAUUCUGCUGAGUCUGGACCUCCUCACCAUGCACGCCAGUGUUUUCACUUUGGUUGCCAUGAGCAUGGAGCGCUACCGCGCGGUGGCCAAGCCCUUCAGCGCGCACAGGUCAUCGUCCCGGGGCAGGCGCGUUGCAGCGGGCCUCAUUUGGGGGAUAGCGUUCAUCCUCACGCUGCCCAUGAUGGUGAUGAUCCGGCUCAGGGAGGGUAAACCCACGUCUGCAGGGCUGGUCAAGAAAAUCUGUUUCCCCACUUGGACACCUGAGGCCUUUAAGGCUUAUAUCACACUCCUGUUUUUCACCAGCGUUUUAAUCCCCGGAUUGGUGAUUGUUGGGCUGUACGCGGGGCUAGCUAAGCGCUACUGGAAGGUCCAGGCGAGGCUGGGAGGAAGCAGCCGCUCCGCUCGCCGGAGAGGACUCAAACAGAAGGUGGUAUCGAUGGUUUUGAGCAUUGUGCUAGCUUACUGGGCUUGCUUCCUACCUUUUUGGGGAUGGCAGAUGGCCAAACUCUUCUCCCCAGACUCCCUUCGAUCUUUGUCUCCAGCUGCUCAUAAUUAUGUCAAUUUCUUUGUUACGUGUUUGACUUACGGCAACAGCUGCAUCAAUCCGUUCCUCUACACUCUUUUGACUCGAAACUAUAAAGACUACUUGGCCCAAAAAAGUCAGUCGGCGGGGUCGAGCCGGGCUGACCCCGCGUCUGCUGCCACCACGCCGAUGCAGGACCUUUAACGGACGAUCGAUGAGAGUCAAGAUGCUCUUCAGCUUCAUAGAAGACAUUUUACAACAACUGUUUGGAGUUUGUUCUCCUGAAAGCAUUGCUUUCUUUGUUCACCUCAGGGGUCUGCAACCUUCAACUUUUUUAGAGUCAUUCAAGUCGAUUUCUCACCAUCAACAACCCAGUAGGAGCCACAAUUUGUUUACUUCACCCUUUAGAAAAACUGGUUUGUAUUUAUUGUAUUGGUAAAACUUUUGAAUAAGAUUUCUUAAUGUAUUAAUAAGCCUAAUAAGAUUCAGUAACAAACUAGUUAUAAAACAAUAAGAAGCAUUUUCUUAUUAAUACUUUAGAAGGCAUCCAUCAAUGCUAAUAAACACAUUAGUAAUGUUUGUUAAUGUUUUAUAAAUUAUUUGUUAAGGAAUCUAAAUUGUUACCAAGUUAUUUUUUACUGUAUUGAUAAACAUAAAUUCACUUUUUUUUAAUGAAUAAAUAAAACAGAGAAAAUAGCCUUUUUGUUGACUGAAAUAUUUUAUAACUCUGGGUAGA